AUGAACCUCCAUUUGAUUGGUUGCUUUGCCGUCAUCGCGUGGACAGCGACAAAUGUUCUAGCCGUCAACACCGCACAGGUCAAGGGUGGCCUUACUCUUGCCAAGUCUCUGACAGAUUACAUAGAAACCCAAGACUUUAGUAAAACUGUUACAAAAAUUGCAUCAUUUGCCUCUACCUAUCUUGGUAUCCUUGGUCCCGCUUUGGGAUUUGUUCUAAGUUUUUUUAGUUCCGGACCGUCAGCUGAACUUUUGGCCAUACAGAAACUGUACAAAGAAGUCACCCUGCGAUUUGACCAUGUAGAUCACCAGUUUGCUGAUCUCAAGCGCCAGAUCAGCUGGUCAAGCGUGGAAGUACAAUAUGGGCAAUAUGAAAGCAAAAUUCACGCUGUUGGACAAAAAUACAAAGAUCUCGUUGCAUCGUCUUCUAGAACAGAUUUUGAAGCAAGAAAAUCGCUUUUCCUUGACAACUAUCGACAAGACUUUUCAAACUCCGCAGAAAAGCUUUACAAUGGAGUUGUUAAUGAGCAUCAAACAUUUAGAACAGCCCUAUUUGAAUCAGCAAUCAAUAAUUUUGAGUGGGAUCGAAAGAAGACUCAAAAUUUUAUGCUUGGUGUGACAAAACUACUUGUGUUUGGUGCAACACUCGAAAUGGCAUACUACCACCUGAAAUUUCCAUCACAAGAAAGCUAUUAUCGACAGCAAUGGCAGGUCAAAUUUGAACAUUUUAAAAAUAAGUUAUCUGACAUCGACCACAAAUUACAGACACAGUUCGGGAGCCAAUUAGCGACUGAUGUUGAUAAGUAUGUUGUUAACCACGCCCACUCAAGUAAUUCCGAUAUCACAAACCACCUUUAUGACGUCAUUGCUAGAAAAUACUACUUUUUGAACUGGAUGGUUGCUGUUUCAGAUCACUCUUCAGAUCCUGAUCAGUACGCUGUGCACACAUGCGGUGGCACCCAUGGGCUUCAAAACAAUAAUCACGGUAAAAAUGUUGUUGUGGCGAGUGUUCCAAAGAAUAAGGCUCACCUUACUACGUCGCAACAGCAUAUCACCCACAUAGCCACGUACGAGACAAGGCAUAGGCAUGGCGGGAGACGGGCAACUGGUGUUUAUACAGUACAUAUCCCAGCAAAUGAAGCUUAUAACCAUUUUCCAAGUACAGCACGCGGCAACUGUAACACAUACGGAUCCGUGGGUAUAAUCUCCCGUAAACUGAACCCUGGCUUUAGAUCUCCUUCUGCUCAUCUAUACAUCCGUGAUGACGGUCAUUACUUUAAAGUUUAUGCUUUUGGAUAAAAUUUGAAGCAUUUUUUUUCCAUUUUGAAAUAGAAAAAGAGUAUGGAUUUUUAAUAAAAUAAAAAUAAUGAAAGUCAAGAA